CGCUCACCCGCGCAUCCUCACAGCACACCCUCCACCGCCCCAAACACACACCGCCAUGUCGACCCCAGCACCCACCGCCGCGAGCGCGUCCCCGCUCCCCGACGGCAUCACCGACCCCAACUACAAGCCGCUCCCCGGCCGCCUCGGCAACCUCUCCGUGCCCCAGCAGCACGCGCUCGACACCCUCAAGAAGGAGCUCCAGGCCGAGGGCGCCUUCGUCCCCGACCGCAUGGACGACGCGACGCUCCUCAGGUGCGUGCGCGCGCGCAAGUUCGACGUCCAAAAGGCGAAGGAGAUGAUCCUCAGCGCCGAGGCCUGGCGGAAAGACUUUGGCGUCGACGAUCUCGUCGAAAACUUUGAUUUCCCCGAAAAGGCCGAAGUCGACAAGUACUACCCGCAGUACUACCACAAGAUGGACAAGGACGGCCGCCCGAUCUACGUCGAGCGCCUCGGCAAGCUCGACAUCAAGGCCCUCUACGCCCUCACGACCCAGGAGCGCCAGCUGCAGCGCCUCGUCGUCGAGUACGAGCGCUUCCUCCGCUCCCGCCUCCCCGCCUGCUCCGCCGCCAUCGGCCACCCCGUCGAGACCAGCUGCACCAUCCUCGACCUCGCCUCCGUCUCGCUCUCCAAUUUCUACCGCGUCAAGGACUACGUCAUGGCCGCCAGCGCGAUCGGCCAGGACCGCUACCCGGAGACGAUGGGCAAGUUCUUCAUCAUCAACGCCCCGUGGGCGUUCGGCGCCGUCUGGAGCCUCAUCAAGCCCUGGCUCGACGAGGCCACCGUCGCCAAGAUCGACAUCCUCGGCAGCGGCUACAAGGACAAGCUGCUCGAGCAGAUCCCAAGGGAGAACCUCCCCAAGGAGUUUGGCGGCCUCUGCGACUGCCCCGGCGGCUGCAGCCUCAGCGACGCCGGCCCGUGGAACGUGGCCCCCAAGACGGCAGACGACGCGUGAAGAGCAACCACGAUAGAGAGAGACAAGCUGGCAUUUUUCUUUUACAUACACGCGCGGGCGAUGGAAAAGGGCGAUUUUUGCGAUGCUGCGGCGGUCAUCUACCUGUACAGUCUUAUUAUACCUUACGACCUCGCCGCCCGUCCAAUUGACAGACCAGACCGCAAGCGCGAGGUGAGAGGGCCUGCAUUGAAUGUAGUCAUCGCGGGACCAAAAAAAUAUACACGGGUCUAGCUACUUCUUCUCGCC